CUCUUCCUCCCCACUCCCCCACCCCUCCCCCACCACACCAGACCAGAGCUGUAUCAAACGCCCACCCCUAGGGUUUUUACCCCUACGGCCUCCCUCCCCCACUCUCCCCUCCUACCCGAGCUCCCCGCCGCCGUCAUUGCCGCAUCCCGGGGCGCCGAGCCCCCCUCCGGCCCGGAAUCGGCGAGGAAUUUGAACGCCAUGUGAAGCAAACCAGGCACCGUAAAGAGCACACGCGCAUCCCCGCGCGGACGCUUGACAGGAACAGAUCCCACCGGUUUUACGGAUCUCCGGGAGUCAGGACCGGUGGCGCGGAAUAGAUUUUUUUUUUGGACCUAAGGAUUUGGAAGCCUCUGGAACCCCAACCGGAUUCGAUCCGAGGACAUGGUGAUGAUGAUGAUCAAAUCCGUGGUUUAUUACGGGAGCACCUCCAUUGGGCAUGUGGAGGUGUGGCCCAAGGGCGGGACGGACCUGGCGGUGGCGGCGUGGGCGCGGGAGAUCCGGGUGGACCACCUGUCGCCGCCCAGCGAGCGGUGCCCGCCGCUCGCCGUGCUGCACGCCGUUGCCGCGGGCGGUCGCUGCCUCGUGAUGGAGUCCAGGCCCACGGCCACCGCGGAUGAGCCCCCGCCGCCGCUCGUCGCCAUGCACGCCGCUUGCCUCAGGGACGGAAAGACUGCUGUUUUUCCUCUAGGAGCAGAAGAGAUCCAUUUAGUGGCAAUGACUUCCAAGAGAAACUUGCCGAAUCUUGCUUGUUUUUGGGGCUAUAAGGUGCCAUCGGGCUUGUAUAAUUCUUGCUUGAGCAUGUUGAAUCUUCGUUGCCUUGGUAUUGUGUUUGACCUUGAUGAAACAUUGCUUGUCGCCAAUACCACACGGUCCUUUGAAGACAGAAUUGAUGCACUUCAGAGAAAGUUGAGUAACGAGAUUGAUCCUCAACAUAUUAGUGGUAUGUCGGCAGAGAUCAAGAGGUACCAAGAAGACAAGUCUAUCCUAAAGCAGUAUAUAGAAAAUGAUCAGGUUAUUGAUGGUGGCAAGGUUUAUAAAGUACAGACUGAGGUUAUCCCACCUUUACCUGAUAAUCAUCAGCCUAUGACACGUCCAAUCAUAAGAUUACAAGAGAAAAAUAUUAUCCUGACGCGUAUAAAUCCAUUGAUAAGAGAUACCAGUGUUCUGGUACGGUUGAGGCCUGCAUGGGAGGAUCUUCGGAGCUACUUAAUUGCAAGAGGUCGCAAACGUUUUGAGGUAUAUGUGUGCACAAUGGCUGAGAGGGACUAUGCUUUGGAAAUGUGGAGGUUGCUCGAUCCAGAUUCAAGAUUGAUAAACUCUGUUCAACUUACUGACAGACUUGUCUGUGUUAAAUCUGGCUCUCGAAAGUCUCUGCUGAAUGUAUUCCAUGAUGGGUCUUGCCACCCAGAAAUGGCCCUAGUGAUUGAUGAUCGCUUGAAAGUUUGGGAUGAGAAAGACCAGUGUAGGGUUCACGUUGUUCCUGCCUUUUCUCCAUAUUACUCUCCCCAGGCAGAGGCAAACUUCUCUGUUCCAGUUCUCUGCUUUGCUAGAAAUGUUGCAUGCAAUGUCAGGGGUGGUUUUUUCAAAGAAUUUGAUGAGGUCCUUCUGCCACGGAUAAGCGAGAUUCACUACGAGGACGAAAUAAAUGAUUUUCCGUCCGCUCCUGAUGUUGGCAAUUAUUUGAUUACCGAGGACGAGAAUGCUGCCAUUUUGAAUGUAAACAAAGAUCCUCUUGCUUUUGAUGGUAUGGCAGAUGCAGAAGUUGAGAGGAGAUUGAAGGAAGUGUCUUGCAGUGUUCAAGCUGUGAAUCCAAUACCAACUAAUGCUGAUGUGAUGCCUGUGGCCCCUAACCAGCAACUUAUUACAUCAUCUGUUCCAGAAGCACCAUCAUUGGGCAUGAUUCCUUUGAAUAAUGAUCAAGGUCCUCAGCCUCCUUCAAGCUGGCCGGUUGCUCAAUCUGCUCCUGUGGAUCCAUCGCAAAGUUCUCCAGCUAGAGAAGAGGGUGAGGUUCCUGAAUCUGAGUUGGAUCCGGACACAAGGAGAAGGCUUCUCAUAUUACAGCAUGGUCAAGACACGAGAGAUCCUGCACCACCCUGUCCUGCAGGAUCACCCGUACAGACCUCAGUAUUGCCAGUGCAAUCUCAUGGGAAUUGGUCACAUGUAGAGGAUGAGAUGAAUCCAAGAAGCCUAAAUAGGACCUCAACAGGGUUCCAUUUAGAAUCUGAUGAUAUAAAUUAUGAUAAAAAGCAACCACAUAAUCCACCGUAUUUUCCUGAUGAGGAUAAUCUUAUAACUUCUGAUAGAUAUAACCGUCGGAUCCAUAGAUACCCCUCACAGCUGCCUCACAGUGAGGAUCAUCAUAUGCUGAAUCGUUCAUCUAUAGCCUACAGAUCUUUUCCUGGAGAGGACAUGGGAAACCGAUUUGGUCCUUCGAAUCAUAGAAGCAGUAAAAUAGAACCAGGACACCAGUUUGUACAAAACGCAGAGACCUCAGCUGGUGUGUUGGAGGAAAUUGCAGUGGAAUGUGGGUUUAAGGUGGAGUACCAAUCAACUUUGUGUAGUACUGCAGAGUUGCAAUUCUCCAUUGAGGUUAGGAUUUUAGGAGAAAAGGUAGGUGAAGGAAUUGGAAAAACAAGAAAAGCAGCAAAACGCCAAGCUGUUAAUAUGUCCUUAAGAAAUCUGGCAGAAAAAUUUCUAACGUCUGAUCCGGAUAAGAUGAUGAUUCUGAAGGAGAAUGGUUUUAGUAGUAAUUCAAACUCAUUCAGAUAUUCGGGAGGUAGUAGAGAUGACACAUCACCAGUUGCAAGCACUUCAAACGAGUCUAGAUACAUGGGCGAGAGAGUUGAUACUUUAAGAAAACCUGCUGGUUCUGUUGCUGCUCUCAAAGAGCUUUGUACGGUUGAGGGUUACAACUUAGUUUUCCAAGAGCAGCCAUCACGUCCUCGUGGUUCAUCAGGUAAAGAAGCUUAUGCUCAGGUCGAAAUAGGUGGUCAAAUCCUGGGAAAAGGAGUUGGAGCAACAUGGGAACAAGCUAAGCUGCAGGCUGCUGAUGAGGCUCUAGGAAAUUUGAAAUCCAUGCUUGGUAUCUUUGCACAUAAAUCAUCUGGAUUUCAAAGGUCAUCGGUAUCAAAUUUUAAUCGCUUCAAACCAGAUUUCCAGCGGAGUCUACAAACCAUACCUUCUGGUUGGGACUCUAGGAACAAUGGUCGUGUUCUUUGAUGUUCGUCUUCUGGACAUCUGAACUUGAUGGGAUCAAUAGCAUGGAACCUGUUGGCCCAGAAGAACUUCAAGGACUGCAAGUAUGGACGAGAUGGUCAUGGAAGGAGAAAUCGCUGUGCACAUGAUGCCUGCAUGUUUCGUUCUGUCGUUCUCGAUUUGGUGAUAGAAUUGUGUUGCUGUCAUUUCCAAUCUAGUAACUCGGUAACUCCCAACAGGUGCUCUGUUUGAAGAUGUUGUAACCUGGCCUCCGAGUGAGCUCACGCCACACGGUGCUCGGCUGUGAUUUGCCCUGACUCUGUUACCCGUGAUACCCCAGUGGAGUGUGGAUAUUAGAAGCAUGACAGUUGGUAAAAUGGCUUCCUUGCGUGCAGUAGAUUAGCCAAUUGUAUUGCUCGAAUUAAUUUGUUUCUUCAGAUCUUAGAUUUAGGGUGGUAGCUUGAUUGGACAGUUUUGCUACGUAGUGGUAGCUUCAAUUCCAUGGGGGUAAUUCCCAUGGCUUUGAUUCCAGUUUUACACUGCUUCCUGCUGCUCUUCAUGGCCAUGUUUGGUUCAUACAGCAACCGGGUUCGGCUGGUGUUGGUCCAAGGCUUAAGGAGGUUGGCUAUGUAUACAGAUUGGUGCCAUACUCCUGCAUUGGGUGAUGCAUGAUGCUGAAUUGCUGAUUGAUGCUACAGAGUAUAUACCUGCAUUGGUUGAAGAUCUUUAUGAGAAGCUCGAAUCUUGGUGGCUACGUGCACAAUGUUGUCCCUCUUUCUGUUUAUCUGUAUGCUUGAGAUAAGCAGACUUUGGCCUUCUAUUUCCGUGAGGAGAUAGAGGCCGGAGGGUGUAUUUCUUAUCACCUCAAUCAAAAAAGAUAAUUAGAAAAAGAAA